AUGCCGCAAAGCUAUGAGUACGAUGAGUCCAGCGAGACGUGGCCGUUUUUUCUGCUGACGUUACUGUUUAUGGUGCUGGUGCCACUCACGGUGUCGCAAGCCAGUCGAUUGUUCUUUGGUCAGGCUGUUGAGAAUGGGGAGGAGAAUAAUGGUCAGAGACAGGUGCAGAAAGCGCUAGCGAGGAUCGAUGAUGAGAUGAUGGACGAGGAGAUGAGGACAUUCCGUCAGGCGUACCAGAAGAGUAAGAAAUCGAAGAUAUGGAGUAAGAGAAAUGUAAUGGUGGUUGUCGGAUGGGCGUUAUUUGCUGCGCUAGUGCAGCGAAUCAGAAACAGUGAGGCCAUAGAGGCUUCCGCAAUCGGGGUUUUCGACCCUUACGCUCUGCUGGGAGUCACUGCAAGUGCGUCUGACAGAGAUAUUAAGUCGGCGUACAGAAAAUUAUCCGUCAAGUUUCAUCCGGAUAAGCUGGCAAAAAGCUUGUCGAGCGAGGAGAGGGCUAGGAUCGAGGAGAUGUAUGUUCAGAUCUCGAAGGCGUAUGAAGCUUUGACCGAUGAAAUAACGAAGGCCAACUAUCUGACAUAUGGACACCCUGAUGGUCCACAAACUGUAAGCCACGGUAUCGCUAUUCCCAGCUUUCUGGUUGACCGCGCGGCGUCUCCAGUGGUCGUUCUUGCCUAUCUCGUGUUACUGAGUAUUGUGCUUCCAUACUUGGUGAGUAAAUGGUGGUCUAGAACCCGGUCGUUCACCAAGAAAGGGAUUCAUGUCAAGACUGCGUCUCAUUUUGUUGACCGGCUUGUCAACUACAAGCCCUCGGAGAUUGUCACUGUCGAUCUCAUAGUGAAGUGGUUAUCUGAUGCUGAAGAGUUCAAAAUACUCUUCCCGCAGCUGACGUCGGCAGAUUUUGAACAGCUAAUUCACGAUCAUAUAAACCGUGCGGAAAAUUCGACAAUCAAAGACAAAACCGUUCGCUUCAGAGUUGUGGGUAAAUGUCAUUCCCUGUUGCAUGGAUUGCUGGAUUUGGCUUGUGGUAUCAGAAAUACAGAGAUCGCAAUUGUAACUUUAGAAACAUUCAAGUGCAUUGUGCAGGCAGUGCCCCCCACACCAUACUCCCAAAUCAUGCAACUUCCCAAUGUCGAUAAGCAAAAGUUCCUGCAGGGAUCUGUGGAUGAAAUCCAUACUUUGGGCAAGCUUUUCACGUACAAGGACGAGGAAAUUUCGAAGAUACUAGGUAUUGAUGAUGAGCACAAGUUGAAGCAGACCUUGGCUGUGGCAUCAAACAUUCCUCAGUUAAAGUUGAUCAAAGCAGAAUUUUUGGUUCCGGGUGAAAGCCAGGUGUCUCCAUCCUCCACUCCGCAUAUAUCCAUCAAACUGCUUGUUCGCUCACCGCAGCAGAAAAAUAUUCCGCCAGAGAGAUUUCCAGAAUCCAUGCUGGAAGAACCGCAGGAUUUUGAAUUCCAGCAGAAUCCAUUUAAUAUCAUGGAAACGGAGCCCUUAAUGCCAUACUCAUACGCGCCAUUUUUCCCAUCGAAAAGACGCAAUGCCUUCUGUUGCCUGGUCGCUCUCCAGAAGGAUGCAAAGAUACUGCAAACGCCUGUCAUUGUUCAAAGAAUGUCGCUCGAAAAUCUGACCAAGAACUUUGACAAGCGCGAAAUCAAGGACUUAGACACUGACUUCACCCCCGAAGAUUGGAAAAUUGGCACCAUUAAGAUUCCUCUGGGCCAACCUGCGCCUGAUGAAACUGGUGAUGUGUACUUCAGGGUCAUCAUCAAGUCAACAGAUUACUUCACCACUGAUCUGGACUUCACAGUGAACAUGCAAGUCCGCGACCAGCCUGUCCAGGAAAGUAAAGCGAAAAGCGUUGACUAUGCAGAGACAAGUGAGACGGAGGACGAGUCAUCGGAUAGCUCAGAGGCUGAGGAUGAGGACGAAGCAGACGACGAUAGCGGAAGCGACUACACCGACAUAGAUACUGAUACGGAAGCGGAAGAAGACGGUGCCAACGAAGCCGAUUGA